UCUCUCAUAGCCAAGCCAAAAGUAUCCAGUCGAGUUCUGGAAAGGAAGCAUGCCUGGGUCACCUUCACACAGCCAAGAGCAUCUCUGCCACGCACCAGGCAAACCACCAUCUCCGCCUUCUUCGGCACGCAGACAGAUGAAAAAGACAAAGAAAAUUCCAGUCCAUCUCCCUUCAUCCCAAAGAGAGACUGUAAAGACAAAGGUGUUUCUUUGCCUGUUUAUCCUGUGAAGAUCCUGGCUUUGCCGCGGGUGGAGGGAGCCCAGCAGCAAUCCUGCAGAGCCCAGGAGGAGGGAGCCCAGCAGCAAUCCUGCAGAGCCCAGGAGGAGGGAGCCCAGCAGCAAUCCUGCAGAGCCCAGGAGGAGGGAGCCCAGCAGCAAUCCUGCAGAGCCCAGGAGGAGACGGUGCCGGUUACAGCCCAGCGUUGCCCACCGAAACCACCGGCCUCGCCGACUCCUGGGCCAGAAUCUUCCUUGUUACAAGUGGAGUCCCACAGCGAGAGUGAAGGCUCCUGUGGGGCAGGAGAGGAUUGUUGCUCCUUCAGCUUCACCCAGGAUUCAGAGGGCAACCGGAUCAUCGCUCACAGAAAUGGGUCGGAUUUAUUUGCAAGCAGCAGCGUAACGUCAGACCGCGGGAUAAACAGACGAGAGGGGCGGCUGCACCUGGAGGAGGUGAAGACUGGACUUGAUUUCCAACCAAGAUUUGGUGCAAAGCAGAAUAAGAAACGACAGCAAUCGAGUAGUGUUAAUUCUGUAAUUGAUUUCAGUGACACUGAGAAUAUAAAUCCUGCUGUAAGGAGAGACAGUACCUGGGCUGUCGGCUUUUGUUCACCUCCACAGAGCCCAGCGGGAGCCCGGCCUCUGAGAGAGCGCAGCCAGAAUGCUGGUGCUGCUGCAGCCGAGGAGGGACGGGGCAGCACGAGGGGACUGAGCAGCCCCUGCAGGGAUCUCUUCACCCAGGACUCCGAGGGGAACAGGGUGAUCGCCCACCGCUGCCCCCAUGUCCCAUCUCCUCGCAAGGACGGCGGGAGCUCUGGCAGGCGGCUGCCCAAGGGCUCUCCCAGCGCUGCUGCCAGCAGGAGCUUGAGCAAAGCGGGGGAGCAGGUAGAUGUGUGCUGUGAGCUACUGUUCACCCAGGAUUCGGAAGGGAACAGAGUGAUCAAACACUGGUAA